UGGAGGAGAACCAAUAAGAAACAGGAAAACAAACUGACUUCAGCUCAAGCAGUCAUGACUCACAAGCAGGCCAUUGCUCUCUUGGCGGCUGUCCUGCUCUCUGCAGCUAUGUGUGAAGCUGCAGCUGUGGGAAGGACUGCUUCAGAGUUUCGAUGCCAGUGCAUAAAGACUCACUCCACACAUUUCCACCCCAAAUAUAUUCAAGAAUUGAAAGUGAUUCAGGGUGGACCUCAUUGUUCCAGUACAGAAAUCAUCGUAAAGCUUGUUGAUGAGAGAGAACUGUGCCUCUAUCCUAAGGAAAAGUGGGUACAGAGGGUUGUGGAGUCAUUUGUGAGGAGGUAA